CACACUGUUGGUUCUUCCCACACUGUUGGUUCUUCCCACACUGUUCGUGGUUCUUCCCACUCCUCUGGUUCUUUCCACACUGUUGGUUCUUCCCACACUGUUGAUUCUUUUCACACUGUUGGUUCUUCCCACACUGUUGGUUCUUCCCACACUGUUGGUUCUUCCCACACUGUUGGUUCUUCCCACACUGUUGGUUCUUCCCACACUGUUGGUUCUUCCCACACUGUUGGUUCUUCCCACACUGUUGAUUCUUUUCACACUGUUGGUUCUUCCCACACUGUUGGUUCUUCCCACACUGUUGGUUCUUCCUACAUUGUUGGUUCUUCCCACACUGUUGGUUCUUCCCGCACUGUUGGUUCUUCCCACACUGUUGGUUCUUCCCACACUACUGGUUCUUCCCACACUGUUGGUUCUUCCCACACUGUUGGUUCUUCCCACACUGUUGGUUCUUCCCACACUGUUGGUUCUUCCCACACUUCUGGUUCUUCUAACACUGGUUCUUCCCACUCCUCUGGUUCUUUCCACACUGUUGGUUCUUCCCACACUGUUGAUUCUUUUCACACUGUUGGUUCUUCCCACACUGUUGGUUCUUCCCACACUGUUGGUUCUUCCCACACUGUUGGUUCUUCCCACACUGUUGGUUCUUCCCACACUGUUGGUUCUUCCCACACUGUUGAUUCUGUUGGUUUUUCCCACACUGUUGGUUCUUCCCGCACUGUUGGUUCUUCCCACACUGUUGGUUCUUCCCACACUACUGGUUCUUCCCACACUGUUGGUUCUUCCCACACUGUUGGUUCUUCCCACACUGUUGGUUCUUCCCACACUGUUGGUUCUUCCCACACUUCUGGUUCUUCUAACACUUCUUCCCACACUGUUGGUUCUUCCCACACUGUUGGUUCUUCCCACACUGUUGGGUCUUCCCACACUACUGGUUGUUCCUACAUUGUUGGUUCUUCCCACACUACUGGUUCUUCCCACACUACUGGUUCUUCCCACAUUUCUGGUUCUUCCCACUCUACUGGUUCUUCCCACACUGUUCAUUCUUCUCACACUGGUUCUUCCCACACUUCUGGUUCUUCUAACAAUGGUGGUUCUUCACACACUGUUGGUUCUUCACACACUGUUGGUUUUUCAAACACUGUUGGUUCUUCCCACACUACUGGCUUCUUCUAA